CCGGAAGUCCCUCGGCACAGAAUCUUGAUAACAUGCAGGAGUUCGGAGUCCAAAGCUGUUUCCGCAGUUGGAAAUGAGCUGAACCAUGGCUCUGAACAGCAGAACUCCAGCUGGGUUCGUGUUGUGUUUGUGCUUGGGGCUUUUCUGCGCCUUUUCUGCUCAUUCCGUCAGUCUGGACGGAAAGUGGAGCCUGCGGAACUCGGACGGGUCUGUGGCCGGAUCCGGGUCUGUUCCGGGCUGCGUCCACUCAGCUCUGCAGCAGCUGGGAUACAUCCAGGAUCCUUAUUUCAGGUUCAAUGACGUGGCGUAUCGCUGGAUUGCGUUCGACAACUGGACGUACACGACCACGUUCAACACGUCUGAGCAGCUGAGGUCCAAACAGAAGGUGGUUCUGGUGUUGGACGGCGUGGACACGGUGGCGUCGGUUCAGUUGAAUGGAUUCACUCUGGGUGGAACAGACAACAUGUUCCGUUCAUACGCCUUUUCUGUCCGACCGCUGCUGAAAGAGGCUGAAAACGUGCUGAGCAUCAGUUUGGCGUCUCCUGUUCUUUAUGCGUCUCAGCGGAGGAAGGCUCAUUCUGCUUAUCCUGUUCCUCCAGAGUGUCCUCCAGACGUUCAGAACGGACAGUGUCACGUCAACUUCAUCAGAAAAGAGCAGAGUUCCUUCAGUUGGGACUGGGGUCCUUCGUUCCCUACGUUGGGUUUAUGGAGGGGAGUUCACCUGGAGGCCUUUGACGUCCUGCAGCUCAUCCAGGUUUCUUCUGUUCCUCUGUUUGAUUCCAGCGCCUCCCGGUGGUCGGUGCAGGUGGAGCUGAUGGUUGACGCCGUCCAGACGAGCGACGGCCUGGUCAGCGUCUCCAUCCCUGAGCUGUUCUCAGAUCAGACGUAUCAGAGCCGGUUCCUCCAGGGAAGAACCAAGAACACCUUCAUCCUCCACAUAAACACGAGUACUGAGGUGGACCUGUGGUGGCCCAGAGGACACGGGGACCAGAACUCAUACCGCCUCCGGGUCCGAGGGCUUCGGGACGGAUCUGUGCUCUUCAGUCAGGAGUCAAAGGUGUACUUCCGGACCGUGGAACUGGUCCAGGAACCUGUCCCUGGGUCUCCAGGUCUGAGCUUCUUCUUCCGCAUCAACAGUAAACCGGUUUUCCUCAAAGGCUCCAACUGGAUCCCAGCCCACGCCUUCCAGGACCAGGUCACCCCAGAUAUUCUGUUAAACCUCCUUCAUUCUGCUGCUGACGCCAACAUGAACGCCCUGAGGGUCUGGGGGGGCGGAGUCUACGAACAGGACCAGUUCUAUGACCUCUGUGACCACAUGGGCAUCAUGGUGUGGCAGGACUUCAUGUUCGCCUGUGCCAUGUACCCGACGGAGGCCGACUUCAUCCAGACGGUGAGGUCAGAGGUCAUCCAACAGGUUCAGCGUCUGAAGUCUCAUCCGUCCAUAAUCAUCUGGAGCGGAAACAAUGAAAACGAAGCGGCUCUGGCCACCAACUGGUUCGAUAUCCCAGAAUCCCACAGGGCGACGUACGUGAAGGACUACGUGACGCUGUACGUGGAAAACAUCCGCGCUUUGGUCCAACAGGAGGAUCCCAGUCGGCCCUUCCUCGUGUCCAGUCCGACCAACGGGGCGGAGUCAGAGCGCGAGGGGUGGGUGGCGUCCAACCCCUACGACCCCCACUUCGGAGACACGCACUUCUACAGCUACGAGGACGACUGCUGGGACUGGAGCACGUUCCCCCGCACGCGAUUCGCCUCCGAGUUCGGCUUCCAGUCAUGGCCGUCGUUCUCCACCCUGAAGACGGUUUCCGUCGACGACGACUGGAGCUACGACAGUAACUUCUCCUCCCAUCGUCAGCAUCACGAACAUGGAAACCAGCAGAUGUUACGACAGGCUGCCUUACAUUUCCACCUGCCCAACUCCACCGACGCCCUGAAGAGGUUCACCCACACACUGUACAUGACCCAGGUGAUGCAGGCCCAGUGUGUGAAGGCUCAGACUGAGUUUUAUCGCAGAAGUCAGACUGAGAUCAUCGACGGCAAAGGACGCACCAUGGGCGCCCUCUACUGGCAGCUCAAUGACAUUUGGCCGGCGCCGUCCUGGUCAUCCAUCGAGUUUGGAGGGAAGUGGAAGAUGCUUCAUUAUUUUGCUCAGGACUUCUUCGCUGCCGUUCUUCCCGUCGGCUUCGAGGACGAUGGAACCCUGCUGAUCUACGCCGUUUCAGACCUGAGUCCAGACCUGACGCUCAGGGCCGUGGUGUCCGUCCACUCCUGGUCUGGUCUGGACCCCGUGUGCACCCUGAGGUCAGACCUGGUUCUGGUACCCGGCGGCAGCGCUGUGGUGGUCUUAAAGCAGGAGGUGGCCGCCCUGCUGGCAGGAUGUGGACGCUGCACCCGCCUCAGCUGCCUGCUCACCUUCCACCUGGAGGACGGGACCGGCGUCCAGCGGGGACCGUCCAACUACCACUUCCUCUGUUCCCCGAAGGACGCCGAGGGGCUCCGAAAAGCCAACAUCACAGCCAAAGUGCAGGAGGAUGAGUCUGGGUUCAGCGUCACCCUGCGGUCCGACGCCGUGGCGCCGUUCGUCUGGCUCGACGUGGGAAACAUCGCGGGACGCUUCAGCUCUAACGGCUUCCUGAUGGUGAGCGCAGACAGGACGGUGGGGUUCACGCCGUGGCGUCCCACCAGCGUGUCCCAGCUGUCCACGUCUCUGAGCGUCACGUCUUUACGGGACGUUUACUGACCCCCCCCUCAGCUUCAUGCAGAUGUGUUUGAACGUCUCAUGGGAGUCGGUACUUUGGACCAGUUCUGCCCCGGCUGACACGUCUGCAUCGUCUCAGACUGUCCUCUGAAGAGAACGCUGACGUGACCUUUAACCCUGGUUGAACGCACACAUACAUGUCAGAUUAUGAGGAGAUUAAAGAGGGUUUUCUUCCUGCCUGGGCGCUGGACCACAAGAAAACACACAUGGAAUAGGAAUCCAUGUGUCAGAUCAUGUUAUUGAGCACCUUAGAAUAGUUUGUAAGUGAAUUUUGUGAUAUGUUAAAAAUUUAAUAAAUAUAUUCUUUAAAAAAA